AAUGUGCAAACGAACAGAAAAAUGUUUCUACACGAUUUUAAUAAUAACGCUAAUAAUUCUAGCAGUUUUAGUCCCUAUUAUGGUUAUUCAAAUCGGUCGAUCCAUAUCAUCAAAACACACAUACCUAAGCCCCUACAACGAAACUGAAGAUUCAGAAAGCGAAGAUGCUGCAAACGAAAAGUACUACACCCCUUCAGAAUUAUCCAAGUUUCUGAAGCAGUUUGCUAAUCAACGCAGCUUUCUCUUCACCACAAAUGAAAUAGGAAGAUCCAAAAAGGGACACCCAAUCGACGAAGUGGUCCUAAAGCAACUAGGAUCAAAGGAACCCAUAGUCCUCACAGUUUCUGGAUUGCUGGCCAGCGACUGGCUUAGCAUUUUCACAACGAUCGAACUCAUGAACAAAUUUUUUGCAGACGUUCGCCAGACGAAUCAUCUUUUGAAGAAAUACUGCUUCCAUUUUCUCCCCUUGUUGGACCCUGAUGGUUAUGAAUUUUCGCAGUCGUUACCAAUUUAUUCUAACUGGAACAAGUCUUUUGAACAAUUUAAAGACAAUGAGCCCUCCGGGGACGAUAUUUUGAACGGUUUUGGUAGUGAUACUGCUGACAACAAGGUUAUUAAAACGUUUAAAAAUUAUUUCUCGAAGAACAAAAACAAUAUUAAAGCUGUAUUUUUCCUGUUUUCACCACAAGAAGUUAAUUUUACCAGUGGGUUUUUUACUGUUUCGCAUGAACCUGGUAAUGAUACUGCUGAUGAAAGUCGUCUGGAUAGCUUGGGUGUUAACAUUGACAAGGAGAGAGAUUCUUUUUUCAAAUACUUAGACCUGGACGAGAUCCCACCAAACAGAAUCGAUGCAUACGUUUUAAAAGAAAAACCGAAAAUAGCAGUGGUGAACUUCAUGACCAACUUUAGACCCACUUCUCCUGAACUGCUGGAACCAAAAUCAAAGAAACUAGCAAAUGAAAUCCACUUCAUCAUGGUAAAAGCUGUAAAAGCAAUGCAAUAGUAGUUGAAAGUCCCAGAACCGGAACCUUAACC